UGUUCGACAUACGACGAGACAAGUGGUGCAUUGUAUUUUAUUUGUUUGAGUGUCACGUGGUGGUAUUGAAAUUAGAACCAGAGGAUAGGAAUAUGCCGAAUACUAUUAUAGAAGACAUGUCACAGCCAACGACAUUACAAGAGGCUAUUAAUACAAUAAAAUUUCUAAAAUCUUCACAUAAACAAGAAAUCGCAAAAAUGAAAGAGGCCUACAUGAAACAAGCAGAAAUAAUUAAAAAGUUGGAAAUUAAUAGAAAAAAGGAAUUGGAGUAUUUGUCGAACGAACUUCAAAAAUAUGAACUCAAUUUGGCCUUAAGGACGGAGGCUGUUAAAAAGCAGUUAGCACAAAAAGAUGAAAUAAUACAAAAGCAAGUCGAAAUAAUAGAAGAUCUUACUAAGAAAAUUAAAGAUAAAGAAGAUUUUGUCAUUCCAGAUAUAACGAUAAGCGUCGAGUCGAAUUCUGACUCCGGUGUUGCGAUGGAAAACGAUGACAGUUUAGAUAAAUCAGAGAAAAUCAAAGUGGAAGCAAAAGCAACUAGAAAAUGCAGUAGACGUUUUGCAGACCCCAUCAGUUUUCUACGAAGGGUUGAUUUUUCACCUAUGAAAUAUAAACCUUGCAAUCGAGAAAAUAAAAAGAAGGAUGACAAAAAGAAGAAUCUGGAUGUUCCUAUAGAUUCAAGAGUUUUUGUGAGACAAUUAAGUAACGAGAAAGUCAAUAGUGAUGAUGACAGACCAUCAGAAGACACAAUGUUUUCAGAUGAAGUUGUUGAACCACUGAUAUUAAGACCCAAGAAAAUGAAUGACAGCAUGAAUAAUCAUUUCUCUGAUGAUGGAAGUGAAGACACCAGUGAAGAAAUAUUUGACAGAGUUAUGACCAGAAGCAGCAUCCGAAGAUCUGUUAAAGCGAAUCCUAAAUAUAAAAAAAUAAGUAGAACUAAAUCUAAACUCUUGGAACAAGUUAAGGUUAAUAUUGUUGAUUAGAAAUGUAUUUUGUAAUAAAGAACUGAUAGUUUACGUUUAUUUAUUGUAAAAACACAAAUGUAAUUGAAAAUUACAAAAUUAUGUU